UGGGUACUGGCGAAAUGGGCAAAUGUAGUAAUGUAGGCUAAACUGACAAAGGAGCAAAGAGCAGAAAUCUGAACUAGCAAGCAAGUCGCAGCAAUGAAGAACACGAAGGGGGGAGAAUUCUGGCAGGGGGGAGAUUUUCGGCACAACACCGGAAAGCCAUGCUUUGUUAUGAUUCUGAGUGGCCACAAAGCUAGGAACAAUGAAGCAUGUGGGGCAUCGUAGGUGGCUCGUUCCAGCUAGUUUUAUCUUGUUCUUCAUAACAUGUCUUGUUUUGACUGAUUUCAUGUUAAUGCUAAUAUGGAGAAAACUCACUAGCUAACUAACCAACACUGUAACGAUGUAUUUAAGAGACAAGUGUUCAUUGUGUAAAUUUAUUUUUUGUUUUCAAUAAACAUUAGGAGACGAAAUAUAGUUUACACGUUGUCAAUAAUAUAAGCCAACCGUGUCUGAAUUGCCCCAUUGUUGCGCACGCGUCGGUAUUGGAAACAGCUCCUUUAAGAAAGUCAUUUGAAGCAAAGAAAAAGUUCAAAGGAGGAAAUAGGAAGUCAGUCUCGAAUGUCAACACAACAAACAAAGCACAAAGAAGAGGAACGGACAGAAAAUUUAAGACGUUUAAGACAAUGGCGGGUAUUAAAGCGCUGGUUGGGUUGUCCUUCGGUGGAGCCAUUGGCUUGACAUUCCUCCUGUUGAGCUGUGCCUUGGAGCAAUAUGGGGUGUACUGGCCCCUCUUCGUCCUUUUCUUCUACAUACUCUGUCCUAUCCCCACCUUUAUAUCCAGAAGGCUCAGUGAUGACAGUGAUGUGGCCAGCAACGCAUGCAGAGAGCUGGCAUACUUCCUCACUACGGGAAUUGUGGUAUCUGCGUUCGCGCUUCCCAUCAUAAUGGCCCGGGGUGCAGUAAUCCAGUUGGGGGCCUGUGGCCUGGUGAUGGCCGGCAACGUUGUCAUCUUCGUCACCAUCCUUGGCUUCUUCCUGGUGUUUGGAGGGGAAGACGACUUCAGCUGGGAGUAGUGAUAGACCGUCUGUGAAUCUCUGGCCAAACAGAGCCACAAUCCCAAAUGGACCCCUAGACCCUAUGCACUUGUGGAGAUCUGAGAGGAUUUGACAGGUGUAAGUAAUAUGGUAAUAGCUCCAUCUUGCCCUCUGAUAGGCUUGCUAGGUGGAAGUUUCACCAUACCAGUCAAAUCUUCUCUGAUCUCCACAAGUGCAUGUGGUGUAGGGUCUAGGGGUCGAUUUGAGAUUAGGCAAUGUGAAGAGGUAUGCUUAGGUAUAAGCAUGUGGUGAAAUAUCACCAAGGGAAGAGUGGUUGUUUCUGGACAGGACCCACCUCUCUACAAUCAUGUAUGUAUGUAUGUAUGCAUGUAUGCAU